CGAACAAUGGAUACUACAUUUGAUGCGGAAAGCCAGAUGGCAAAUCGCAAACGACGGAUUGAAAUGGAAGAUUUGUCAAAUGUCGAGUUUGAGACGAGUGAAGAAGUUGAAGUUUUGCAAUCUUUUGAUAAAAUGGGCUUAAAGAGUGAUCUUCUUCGAGGAAUUUUCUCUUAUGGCUUUGAAAAGCCUUCAGCAAUUCAACAGCGCGCAAUCAUGCAGAUUGGUCGUGAUGUAAUCGCACAAGCACAAUCUGGCACAGGGAAAACGGCAACAUUUUCUAUUGGCGUACUUCAAUCUUUGGAUGUUGUGGCUCGUGAAACGCAAGCUCUUGUUUUGGCACCAACUCGUGAACUGGCAGUUCAAGUUCAAAAGGUCAUUCUUGCGCUUGGUGAUUAUAUGAAUGUUCAAUGCCAUGCUUGCAUUGGUGGCACUAAUGUUGGAGAAGACAUUCGCAAAUUGGAUUAUGGACAGCACGUCGUUUCUGGAACACCAGGACGUGUUUUUGAUAUGAUUCGGCGUCGUAAUCUGCGCACGCGUUCAAUAAAAAUGUUGGUUUUGGACGAGGCCGAUGAAAUGCUUAGUAAAGGUUUUAAGGAGCAAAUUUAUGAUAUUUAUCGUUAUUUGCCUCCUAACGCGCAGGUUGUUCUUCUCAGUGCAACUUUACCUCACGAUGUUCUUGAAAUGACAAGCAAGUUUAUGACAGAUCCGAUCCGUGUUCUUGUCAAACGUGACGAGUUAACUCUUGAAGGAAUUAAACAGUUUUUUGUAGCUGUCGAACGAGAAGAAUGGAAAUUUGAUACACUCUGCGAUUUGUACGACACUCUAACAAUUACACAAGCAGUUAUAUUUUGCAAUACACGACGAAAGAUGCGGGAAGCCAACUUUACUGUUUGUUGUAUGCAUGCAGAUAUGGAACAAAAAGACCGUGAUGCAAUCAUGAAACAGUUUCGAGCUGGGGAAAGCCGAGUUUUGAUCAGCACAGAUGUUUGGGCUCGUGGGUUGGACGUUCCGCAGGUCUCGCUUGUUAUCAACUACGAUCUUCCAAACAAUCGUGAAUUGUAUAUUCAUCGAAUUGGACGUUCGGGGCGUUAUGGGCGCAAGGGUGUUGCUAUCAACUUUGUCAAAAACGAUGAUAUUCGUAUUCUUCGCGAUAUUGAACAAUAUUAUUCUACACAGAUCGAUGAAAUGCCGAUGAAUGUGAGUGAACUGAUUUAA